CUCCGGAAGUUUGUGUGCUGUCUUCCGAACAGAACAACGCCAAGGAUUGUUGUUUGGCGCCUUUGCGAGGCCGGUAUUUUCUGAUAAAUUGCGUUAAAAUCGUUGCUGCAAGUUAAAAGUGAAAAAUAGAAGACCAAAAUCGUAAAAUGGGAGAUAAAGGCGACGGAGAAACGUUCGACGAUGCGGUGGAGGAGCGCGUCAUCAACGAGGAGUACAAGAUUUGGAAGAAGAACACACCGUUCCUGUACGACCUGGUGAUGACACACGCUCUGGAGUGGCCGUCGCUGACCGCGCAGUGGCUGCCUGACGUGACCCGGCCGGAGGGCAAAGACUACUCGGUGCACAGAUUAAUCCUUGGUACACACACAUCAGAUGAACAGAACCAUCUCCUCAUAGCGAGUGUUCAGCUCCCCAAUGAAGAUGCUCAGUUUGACGCCAGUCACUAUGAUAAUGAUAAAGGAGAAUUUGGAGGCUUUGGUUCAGUAUCAGGUAAAAUAGACAUAGAAAUCAAGAUCAACCAUGAGGGUGAGGUGAACAGGGCGCGCUACAUGCCCCAGAACCCCUGCGUGAUCGCCACCAAGACCCCGUCCUCUGAUGUGCUGGUGUUCGACUAUACCAAGCACCCCUCCAAACCUGAACCUUCAGGAGAAUGCCAUCCAGACCUUAGAUUGCGCGGGCACCAAAAAGAAGGCUAUGGAUUGUCGUGGAACCCUAUACUCAAUGGAUAUCUCCUAUCUGCUAGCGACGACCACACAAUAUGUCUGUGGGACAUCAACGCCACCCCUAAGGAGGGUCGCGUCAUCGAGGCCAAGUCCGUGUUCACGGGACACACGGCCGUGGUUGAGGACGUGGCCUGGCACCUGCUGCACGAGUCGCUCUUCGGCUCCGUCGCCGACGACCAGAAGCUCAUGAUUUGGGACACCAGAUCCAACAACACGUCCAAGCCCUCGCACACGGUCGACGCGCACACGGCCGAGGUGAACUGCCUCAGCUUCAACCCCUACUCAGAGUUCAUCCUGGCCACCGGCAGCGCUGACAAAACGGUGGCGUUGUGGGAUCUCCGUAACCUGAAACUCAAGCUGCACUCGUUCGAGUCCCACAAGGACGAGAUCUUCCAGGUGCAGUGGUCGCCGCACAACGAGACCAUCCUCGCCUCCAGCGGCACCGAUCGCAGGCUGCACGUGUGGGACCUGUCGAAGAUCGGCGAGGAGCAGACGGCGGACGACGCGGAGGACGGGCCGCCCGAGCUGCUGUUCAUCCACGGCGGACACACCGCCAAGAUCUCCGACUUCUCCUGGAACCCCAACGAGCCCUGGGUCAUCUGCUCCGUCUCCGAGGACAACAUCAUGCAGGUAUGGCAGAUGGCCGAGAACAUCUACAACGACGAGGAGCCGGAGACGCCCGCCUCCGAGCUCGAGUCCGGCGUCAACGUCAACCACGGAUAAUCUACACGUCACACUAGUCGCGAUGUGAACCUUAUCGCAACCAGAUAAGGUACAUUUUUGGUUUCAAUGUGUCUUCUGCGGCGCGACUUUGUGAACCUUCUGGACC